GCAAGCUCAAAAAAGAAACUUUUUGAGCGGUGGCUAUCAUAAAUCUUGUUAUAACCAGUUCUUUUGGAGUGUGUCACGUGAAAUUUUUUCAUAGAGACCAAGAAAGAAUUUUUUCCCACCGGAAAAUGAAAAGGUUUUGAUAAAGACAUAAUAAAAGAAUGUAAAAAUAAUAUUAUCUAAUAAUAAUAAUGAUGUAAAAUAUAAAAUAAUAAAAUUUUUUGAAAUAUUGAAAAUAUAAGAUAUCGUAAAGUAAUAAACUCUUUGUAAUAAAGUUUGUGUAUUUAUUGAAAAAAAUAAAACUUCACUCUUCGAAAAGGGUCGUAUAUUUCUUUUAAAGGUUGAAACCUUUACCAUAUGUAUAUACUGUAAGAUAUGGAAUGAUGUCGUCAAAAGACGUAUCCGCACUUCACCCUAAUCAAAAACUACGUAUAUUAUGGCAAAUUUCAGAAGGACUUGAACAUAUCCAUAAUAAUCAAUUUAUACAUCGAGAUUUCCAUAGCGGAAAUAUAUUAUUUGAUUUAUUUAAUGAUCAAAAAAAAACUAAAGUAAGAUAUCAAUGGAAAAUUGGGGAUCUAGGAUUAUCACAUUCUGUAAAUAAUAAAUCAUCAAAUAAUGAAAUCUAUGGAGUUAUACCUUAUAUUGCACCAGAAAUAUUUAAAGGGUCAGCAUUUUCUAAAGAAGCUGAUGUUUAUAGUUUGGGUAUGAUUAUGUGGGAACUUACAACAGGUUGUAAACCUUUUGCUGAUGUUAAACAUGAUCAUAGUCUUGUUUAUAAAAUUCUUGAUGGAGAACGACCUGAAAUUACCGAAGACACUCCAGAAUGUUAUGCUAAUUUAAUGAAUAGUUGUUGGGACCAUGAUCCAAAAAAAAGACCUUCUAUGAAAGUGAUUCGUAAUACAUUUGGUAGUUGGGCUUUUAGAGGUAAAAACAAAGCAGAAUUUGAUCAAGCUGAAGCAAAACGAAAGAAACUGAUAGAAUUGAAGAUUGGACAUGAAUUUGCUGAAAAAUAUCACUCGGAAGCAAUUUAUACAAGUAGACUAUUAAGCGAUAUAAUUUCUAAAUGUUCGUUCAUUAAUUCAUUUUCAACAAUUUCAUGUGGCAAUAAACAAACAGAAUUAGAGCUUGAUAUAGAUACUGAAAGCCUUUCAUCACAAAAUUUAAGUAUAAAAACUCAAGAAUUAAAUCUUGAAACCGAUGACGAUAAUGUAGGAAAACGUAUUAAAACUAGAUAA